GCAUCUCUCUGCAUUGUUGCGAUUUUUUGAUACGGAGAAUAAUAUAUUAGAAGAAAAGUGAUUUGCGUUCAAACCAAUGGGUGAAGAAGGUCAAGUUAUUGCAUGCCAUAAGCAAUCUGAAUGGGAUGCUCUAUUGGCCAAAGCCAAGGAAUCUGGAAAAUUGGUUGUGGUGGAUUUUACUGCUUCCUGGUGCGGUCCAUGCCGUACAAUUGCUCCAUAUUUCUCCGAAUUGGCUAAGAAUCAUCCCGGUGUCAUGUUCUUGAAAGUGGACGUCGAUGAAUUGAAUGCUAUCGCUAGCGAGUGGAAGAUUAAUGCAAUGCCGACGUUUGUUUUUGUGAAAGGAGGGGAAACACUUCACAAGAUUGUUGGUGCUGAUAGAGCGGCACUGUUGAAGAAAAUAGAAGAGCUUAAAACUUCAACAGCUGCUGCCACUUCUACUGCUUAGAGGAACGUGCCUGCCCUUGUUAUUAUUAUCAGUAUGGUGUAAUGUUGAUUCUGGUUUCUAGUUUGUUCUUUUUAUGAAUUUCACAACAACGAGUUUGAAGAUAUUUGCUGUUCUUGGUUUCCCUUUAAAGAAGUUUGGAUAAUA